CCAUUCGCCAAUGUUAGGGUAAGUGAAUCUAGACGACAGAAACAUAUCCUGGGUACACUGGACCUCUUUUGCAGUAUAGAGCUCAGACAGAAACAACUGACUUCCAACAGAGACACUGAGCAGAGGACAAGGAGACAGACUGGGGCUGCUUUCCAAAAAAGACCCUGUUAUCAAAGACUACAUCCUCAACCACUGAUGAAGACUAACUGGGAAACAGUAUUUGUCAUGUUGAUGUGAUUUAAGAAGCGAGAGAAGAAGCGAUGAGUUUAAGUGCAGCAGCGAGUGGAUUGGUCCUCUUCCUUCUCUCUCUAACAGUGGUGCAGAGUCAGGAUGGUUGGGGAGUGACUUACACUUCUACUCAGAUCUGUGCUGUAAAAGGAUCAACAAUGGUCAUAGGCUGCUGGUUCAAUUACCCUUCAAGAGUAAAUGUGUUAAAAGUUUGGUUCACUAAAGGGAACAAUUAUAAUCCUGAAGAUCUGAAAACAGACCCAGUAUAUGCAGGUCGAGUGUCGUACAGCUGUGGGUGGAAGAGCUGCACUCUGACAAUCAGAGACUUGAGAGAGAGCGACUCAGCUGUGUACAUGUUCAGGUUUUUAACAAACCGGAAAGAUUUUAUUGGUUUACCUGGAGUCACCCUGAAUGUCACAGCUCUUCAGGUACACGUGGACACAUCAUCAUAUCCUGACUCAGCAAUACUGACUUGUCACAGCAGUUGUCGACUACAUGAUCGUCCCUCCUACAUCUGGUACAAAAAUGGUCAGAAAAUUUCUAAUCAGUCAGACCAGUACUGGUAUCCAGACAAUCUGAAUUCUUCAGAUAGCUACUCCUGUGUUGUAACAGGUUAUGAAGAUUUCCCCUCUCCUUCAGUGUGUGAGUUUAUUUCAGUAACAUAA